UGAUGUGCUCGUGUGGUCGCGUCAUUGUGGUAUCUCUUCCCCACAUGCGUGUAUGAUCGGUUAUGUACGGUAGUCUCCCCCGCCCCAUCUGUUCAGUGUACCGGGGAGGGGGGGUCCCGGUAUCUCAGUCCCCCGGCACAUCGGACUCUAUGCCCGGGCCUCGGUGAGCGCCCUCUCCGGCGCGGAUGGUGGGGCCUGCGGACUGCUCCAUUGUAACGGAGGGAAGGGGGUGGCGGAUGACGAGCGGCUGAAACGUGGAGGAAAGGCGGCCGGAUCCAGGCACCCCGGGCAGACUGCAGGGGUGAAGUUGCGGUGUACAGCGAAAGCCCUGCUUGCCACUUCGCCUUCCCGACAUCACAAAUGCGACCAUGGGAGCUGGCAGUGAAUAGGUGGCCUCCUUCAGCCCCCAUUAAUCAGCAGAGGUUCUUUGGACCCUGCAGCACCCCAGGGCACCUCAGGCGAAGUCCUCCAGCAAGGCGUCAGUGGGGCAGGAGGGAAAGACCCCAACAGACCCUCCUAAGUCAGGAUGAUAGUUCCUUCCGGGCUGCUUUCUUUCCUGUAGAUGAACAUAGAGUUUUUGCCCUCACCAGCACUCCACCACGAAUGCUCCAUCCCGCUGCACACUCCACUCAGCAAACCUCAUUCAUGGUUGACCUUCAUGAACAGGUGCACCAGGGACCUGUCCCUCUUUCAUAUACUGUUACAACUGUAACACAAGGCUUCCCUUUGCACACUGGGCAGCACAUCCCAGGGUGCAGUACCCAGCAGCUGCCAGCAUGCUCGGUCAUGUUCAGUGGCCAGCACUACCCUCUCUGCUGCCUGCCUCCUCCGCUCAUACCUGGGUGCACAGUGCAGCAGCUUCCCGUCUCAUACCAGCCAUUUCCUCCUCUACUUUCCAGCGAGCAUUACAUCUUGCACCCUCACCCACCGCUUCCCCCACACCAGCCACAUCAUAUGGCCUCUCUUACCCCAUUUGUUACAGUGCAACCACAGAGAAUGCCGCUGCAGAGGAUAGAUAAUGACUUGGAUCUUCGAGGGGACCAACAUCACAUGGGCAGCUUCCCAUUCCACCACUCUCACCCUGUGCCUGCAUUGCCCCAUUCAGUGCCCAUGCAUUACCUUUCCCAUGAUGCACUGCAUCAGGAGUUAUCCUUUCCAGUGCCAUAUGCUCAUCUGAUGCCACGGCGACUUAAUACCCAACGGUAUCGCCUGCAGCAACCACUGCCACCUCCUGCCCUGUCUCCAUCGUAUUACCCCAGCUUUCUCCCCUACUUCCUCUCCAUGCUUCCUGUAUCUCCAACCUCUGUUGGCCCAGCAAUCAGUCUGGAUUUGGAUGUGGAUGAUGUGGAAAUGGAAAACUAUGAGGCAUUGCUGAAUUUAGCUGAGCGUCUAGGAGAAGCAAAGCCACGUGGACUCACCAAAGCCAACAUUGAGCAGCUUCCAUCUUACCGCUUCAACCUUGAAACCCACCAAUCUGAGCAAACUUUAUGUGUGGUGUGCUUUAGUGACUUUGAAAGUCGGCAGCUUCUCAGAGUGUUACCUUGUAACCAUGAAUUCCACGCAAAAUGUGUUGAUAAGUGGCUUAAGUCCAACUGCACAUGUCCCAUCUGCCGGGCUGAUGCCUCUGAGGUUCAUAGAGAUGGAGAGUGAGGACAGGUAUUUGCCCUCUUGCCUCCUGCCGGUGCACAAACCCAGAGGGAUCAACACAAUACAAACCAGCCUCUUUGCCUGACUCGGAUGCUUCAGCUUCACCCUCCACCUGCACUUGUCCUUCCGGCUAGGACACCGCAGCUUUAUAUCUGGAGGUGGUGUCAAGAGUCACACAUUCCACUGUCUCCAUGUUAGUACCUCUACACCCCAGUACUUCCCAACAGUGCCCCUACAUUAUGUAUUGCAGUUGUGGGCACUGGGAGGGAUUUGAGGUGUGUUUAGGGAUGAAAUGGGGGGAGAAACACUUGCUCUCCUUUCUCCUCUGAGGGUAGCUGAGGCUAACAGGAAGAAAAAAAAGACUGGGUCAUUGUGGCCAGUGCUAGCCCCCAAAGGGGACCUUGAGGCAUUACCAGGGGCUCCCAAUUUGCAAGUGUGCUUCUGUCAAUCCCUUAGUUGAGAGGAGUGUCACAGCUGCUUAUUUGAAUGUUUGCACUGAAGCCCUAGUGGGCUGUUUUUGUUUUGUUAAAUUUUUUUGGACCAGAUUUUUUUUUUUUUUUGCUGCCAUAAGACUUUACUGUAUUCAGAGAAGGGGUUAAUAUGUGUAGUGCAUUAUUACCUUCUGUAUUAGCCAUGCUCAUUCAGUACUCUGUUUUUAUUGUGGUCGCCAAACUUUCUUCAACUUUCCUGUGAUUAGCGAUCCAUUUGAAUCCACUUGAGAGUAGUGUUUAAGCGGUGUGAGAUGUAAGGGGUGGUAGGGCUGCCCUUACUGAUGUUGUGCACAAUAUAUUCUCGCGCAGCAGAAACUUAUCCUGACCCAGUAGUAAAUGUUACUAUUAUAUGCUAUAUAGUGGUUGAGGAUUUGUACGUGUUUUGCCAUUUUUCUUCCCCCCCCAAAAUUUUUUUUUGUUUUUUUGUGAAUGCAUGGGAGAUGAAAACGAGCAAAACUUUUUUUCUAAAGUGGAAGGGUCAACCAUGUAUCUCAACCUUUUAAGAGACAGGAUAAAGGAGGACUUUAGGAAGUUCUGCCUUGAUUACCAGCCAACCCUUACUUUGCAUACCAACCUAGUGACUGGUUUGGGCACAGCAAAAUUACCAUGUACCAUUUCCCAAUACCAGAUUUACCAGAUUUGUGUUUCAAGUUAUGUACUUGGCAUCUCGUUUGUAGCAAUAUUGUCCAUUAAAAAUAAUAUUUUGCCAAAACAUUUAACAGAUGUGUUGUGUGGACCAGUCCAGUGGUGCAGUGGCUGUUUGCCCACAUUGUCCCAUUCCCUGUUUUCUGCUAGCAGAAUCCCUGGUAAUGCCUCCACGGUAUAUUUUGUUAGGCAGCAGGUCACACAAUUACAGGCUAGUGUGGCACCACAGGGUACAUUCUGUUGCACGCCAAGCUGUGUUUAGGGGAGCGUAUUGACCUUAGCAUACGCAUUUCCCCACCCCUAGCUUCUGUGUGAGCAAUAACACAGAGGCACUUGAGUGAGCGGCUGCCUUAUUUACUGAUUUGUAAUUGUCUUAGUUCAAGUUUGCAUGAUAGAACAGCAAUGAAAACAACAAAAGAGCCAGCUAACCAUUUCUGAUCUGUGUGCGCGUUUAAACGGUCGGGCAGAAAAUCUGUCUUAAUGUUUCUCAAUAUGCAUGUCUGAGCAGCUUGGAAUAUGGUAUCUGCUAACCCUUGGCCGUCUGUGGAGUGACGUGAGGGGGGGUGGGGGGUGGGAGGGACUGGGACAAGCAUUAUAUAAGGGUAUGUAUCAUGCUGAGCUGAUUCCUGCUGUGCACUCGUUCACAAGCAGAAGGCACCUGAACUAUUUGUUGGGAUUUGAAUGUCUAGUUGCCUGUAAAGGCCACUCUCGGGCAGGGAUUGUGUGCGAUGGGGUGUUCUUAGCCCAAAAGUAUAUUACUUUGACAAGAGUGGCCCAUAGCACAUUAGAGUGGAUUACUGCUGGACCUAUAACGCUGACUAUAUUGACGGCUAGUUCUACACGUAUAGUUUUUAUUCUUUUUGUGUCCCAAUCUUUUAAGAGACUAAUCUCUGCAUUCUUACCCCUUUUCAUCAUUAAUUUAAUCCAGCGUUCCACUAUCUUACUGUGGCGUAGUGGCUUUGCGGUCACUUUGUUUCGUUUCUUUCUUUGUGAGAAUAGUGACAUAAAACAUUAGAGGGUUGGUCACUGUUUGGCUAUAGAUGUCUUCCUCUCCGCUGACCAUUUCACUGUUCUCACUGUUUGAUGGCAGAUAAUCACAUAGUUUAUAAUAUAUAUAUAUAUAUAUAUAUAUAUAUAUAUAUAUAUAUAUAUAUAUAUAUAUAUAUAUAUACAUAUAUAUGUGUACUUAUGCACUGGAAACAAGUUGUAAUGUAUUCUGCGUGAAGGCAAAAUUAAACCGAUAACCAGCAUGUAAACAGGCAAAGCACUGACCUUGCAUCCUUCAUGUUUGUCCUUUCAUGGGUUACUAGUUAAUUAAAAAUGGUUCAUUUUAGCCCCCGUCCCCCUUCCCCCGGUCAUAACUUGACUUAUAUGGGUGAUGGGGUUUUUUGGCAGCACAUGGUGUCUCAAGCCAUACGCCAACAGUGAGAGCAGUGGAGAAUCCAACUGUAUUUAUGCUGGAGUGUUAUUGUAUAUCUGCUAUUUUAUCUCCCCUCACAACUGAUAACCCCUGUUUUGUAAACUGCCACUGUGGGGCUAGUGGAAGAAGGUAGCAGUGACUGCAGCAGAGAAAUGGAAUUGAGCACUUGUUUUACAGCACACAAGUUACCAAAGGUCUUACUGUAUAUAUCAACACUUCAGAAUUUUAUCAACUGACACCAGACAAAAGCAGUAUCUGCCGCCUAUCUGUUCGAAAAUCCCUUAGUACUGGAGAUGUCCUCUGCCGUUACAUAACAUAAGGUCCUCUCCAGCAGAAAAAGGGGUUGUCCCUUCAUCUGCCCCCUGCUCCACUGUAUAAAAUGCAUACAGUUCUUCCACUAACCUCAGUAGGAAUUCCACAACUGUAGUUUGAGUGCUGUUGGGUUCUAGAAAAGCUCUUGGCACAUCAUUAUCAGUCUGCUAUAAGUAAUACUGUUGGUUUAGGAUGUCUGUGAUUGCUGCAUAGAUGCCACUUUUUUAAUUUUUCUCUCUAUAUAUAAUUAUUUUCAACACCCCUAUGGUGGGAUAUAGUGGAUUGUUUACUGUAUCAUACUAACCUCCUGGACCCCUUAAUCACACUGGGUUGAUCUCAAUUUUUCCCUUUCACUAACAUUACUGCCCCCCAGAGUUGUGGCUUCCCUUACUCAGGGUCCUGGAGGUGUCUUCUGUGUUAGAACUGUAUAUCUAUAUGUUUUGUGUAUACAUAUAGAUAUAUCUCUAUAUAUAAACUUUUUAUUUUUGGCUUUUGGUACUUGCACAUUUACUGGUUACCUCAUUUCCCAUGUAUGUAUUUGAGAAAAAAAAUGCUAAUAUAUAGAAAUGGUUCUUGAAGCUAUCAAAGUGUGUUUCUUUUCCUUCAUUCCAUUGGAAUAAUAUUGGUUUGUAGCAUUUAACAUUAACUAGUAAUAUUGUAUUAUAUAUAUAUGUGUAUACUGAUUGAAAUUUUUAACAGAUUUGUACUUUUUUUAAAAUGAAAGUUGCUAGUUUUGCUUGACCUGGUAGUGCAAUCAUUUUAUUUUUUUUAAUGUUGUGGCUGAAUUGAGAGGGUUCACUAAUAAAUGUACAAGAACAAUA